GCACACUUCCAGCCCCAGCUCCGGACGGGACUCCCACGCUGCUGCUGCUGCCGUCUGUCUGUCCCGCAAACUUUCCACCGCGUUUCACAACUUGUCACUGCUCUGCAAAAGUCCGAGGCAUCAGGGUUGGCCGCAUGGCGACGUGAACGUUUCAUGGACUUGGAUCCUGGAAAAGUUUCAGCGCUUUAUUGGAGCUCGUCGCCUGUGUUAGUUUCUGUGGAUUACUGACAUACCGCAGGACCUUUGGCAGCUUUUUAUUGGGCUCCAGUGUUUCUUCUGCAGAGGACUGAGCCGAAAUGGGGAGCAAGGCCCUGCACGCUCCGAUCCCCCUGCACCCCGCUCUGCAGCUCACCAACUACUCCUUCCUGCAGGCCGUCAACACGUUCCCCGCCGACCAGCUGCAGGGGCUGUACGGCCUCAGCGCGGUGCAGACCAUGCACAUGAACCACUGGACUCUGGGCUACCCGCACAUGCAAGGACUGAGAUCCACGAUCACGGCAGCCGCUCAAGGCCUGGUGGACCCUCGGAUUCCUUUCCCGGCUUUACCCUUCACAGCCGCGCAGCUCUUCCAUCCCAAACAAGCCAGCGUUGCGCACGGCGUCCCGUCGCUGCACAAGGACAGACCGAGGUUUGACUUUGCUAACCUGGCUCUGGCUGCGACUCAGGAGGACCCGCCGAAGGCUUCAGACCUGGCAAAGCUGGCGUCGGGACUAGGAGGAACCAUAUCCGAGUUGAGCAAGCUGUCCCCGGACCGAAAACCCACUCGGGGCAGGCUCCCGUCCAAGACUAAAAAGGAAUUUAUUUGCAAGUUUUGCGGCAGACAUUUCACCAAAUCCUACAACCUGCUCAUCCACGAGAGGACCCACACAGACGAGAGGCCCUACACCUGCGACAUCUGCCACAAGGCGUUCAGGAGACAGGACCAUCUCCGAGACCACCGAUAUAUCCACUCCAAGGAAAAACCUUUCAAAUGUCAAGAAUGUGGGAAAGGAUUCUGUCAGUCUCGAACUCUAGCCGUCCACAGAACGUUACACAUGCAGGAAUCUCCACACAAAUGCCCCACAUGCGGAAGAACCUUUAAUCAAAGAAGUAACCUGAAAACUCACCUUCUCACCCAUACAGACAUCAAGCCCUACAGCUGUGGCCGCUGCGGAAAGGUGUUUCGGCGCAACUGUGACUUGCGACGGCACAGUUUGACGCACAGCCCACACCAGGACUACUAGCCUGGACAGACUAAAAAAUAAACAAAAAACGGACUAAUCAUGGAUGGACAAAGCAGCGACUUUUGUGCUCAAAGAGACUCUGCAAAUCAGGACACGUUUACUGGCACAUUUUAGCGGGGAUUUGGUUGCACCUCAUGCGGAACAAGCGGAGCCGCGUCCUGAUCCAGCUUCCUCCCCGCUUGUAAAUAUCUAUAUCAUGUACAUAACUUUGUUGUUGUUUUUUUAUUUUUAUUUCUUUAUGUCGUUGAAAUGAUAACAGUGUCAAAACAAACAUAAAGGAAAAGUAUGUCAAAUUGUAUUUAGAAAUAAAUAUUAUCACAGUA